AUGCGAGAGCUCACUGACUUCUACAGAAAUUUACGCGACAAGUCGCGAGCCUCACUUCGCGUACAGUCAACGUGCCGAGCGAUUCUCUCUGACGAAGUCGGUCAAGGCGGCGUUGAGGAACUCAUUUCGAUGAAAGCGAAAAUUGUACCGAAUUCGGAACUGGUUGCAAAGCUGAAUUCGCUAUUCAAGGACGUGAAAAACACCGAUGUCAGCGCAAUACAGCCUCUAUGUGUUGCUGCCUAUGAGGACUCGCAUGUGCCCACAGCCAACGACCCUCGACGUUUACGCAGGAUAGUUGAGCGUGCCAGCUGCUGCAUAAAGGAAUUAUCUGACAGUCCGUCAUUGAAAAUGACGGUUUUUUUUGAAUAA